ACACUUGUUCUAUCAAAUGUUUCUAACUGAGCUCAUAAAUUAGCCAUCUAUUAGCUCAUAAGACAACGAAAGUUGAAAACAAUCGAAAUAAUAAUAACAAUCCAGUCAAAUACAAGUCAAAUAUUGGUUGUUGCUUAGUUAAAAUCUGGCAUUGGUGGGUGAAGUGAUACAAAAAUUUAAGGAAAUAAUAAAGCAGAGUGUAAUUUAAUAUUCAUAAUAGAAACAUGGCUUGGCAUUACGCAUUUGCAAUUUCCGGUAUUAUCAUACCAAUCUCGCUGCUGUACACAUACUACCGCUAUAAAGUCACUUACUUCGAGAGACGCGGUAUACCGCAUAUAAAAUCUACUUUGAUGAACUGCAAGCAGCAAACAAGACACCUAAUCCAAAGCGCCUACGAAAGCUACAAGGCAAGUACGCCGAUUGUCGGUAUAUUUUUGCGAAGCACGCCCGCAAUAGUCAUACUGGACUUGGAUCUAGUCAAGCGUGUGCUGAUCGAUGACUUUACAAGCUUCAGCGAUCGUUUGGGUGGAGAUUUGCACGAAAAUGAUCUGCUCCACUCGCCUGAUAACACCAAAUGGCAGGCGAUGCGCAAGAAGUUGACGCCCUGCUUCUGGUCAGCGAAGAUGGCUCAAAUCUUUCCAAGCGUCAUUAAGGCUGCUGAGUGUUUGGAAGGCAAAUCACAAAGCGAAUGCGUCACGAUAGACUUGAAAACGCUCUGUACACGCUUCGCCGCAAACGCUUUGAUAUAUUGUGUUUUUGGCAUUGAGCAGGAUGACGCAACUGAGCCGGCGGCGGCAUUACGCUUGCGCAUCAAUGAGCUGUUGGAACGUGAGUGCGAGAGACGGAUCACUGACAGCGCUAAGAGGACGCUGGCGGCGGUGGACUGUAUGAAAUGUACACAUGCGCAAGCUGCGCCACAGAAAUAUUCACAACUGGAAGAGCUCGUACGUAAAGCAAGGAUGGGACGAAGGGCGGAUAAAGUAAGCAGCAAUAAUAUUUUGCAAUUAAUAGCCGAUAUGCUGGCGGAUGACGAAGAUGAACGCAGUGAACUCAACCAAAUCGGUUAUGAGUUGCAAGCAAUGCAUUUGGUCACACGUUCAGUUGGCACACUCCUAACUGGAUUUGCGAAUGCCGCGCUGACAUUAAUGCACUCUCUACGCGAACUAGCGGCUAAUGAAGAAGUGCAGCGCGAGUUAAGGCAGGAAAUUGUGGGUGUGAUGCAGUCUUAUGAGCAACAGUUUAGCUAUGAAGCAAUGGGACACAUGCACUAUUUGGAUCAAGUGGUGGCGGAAACUUUGCGUAAACACCCUGCGACCGAGUUGCUCAUGCGUCGUACUCUUAGAGCGUACCGGGUACCGAACAGCGCGUAUAUAAUCGAGCGCGGUACUUGUGUAUUGGUGCCGGUGUAUGCCAUACAUCACGAUCAAAACAUUUAUCCCGACCCCGAGCAGUUCGAUCCAUCGCGCUUCGAUGCCGACGCAGUGAUGGCACGUCACGCAUGCGCAUAUUUGUCAUUCGACGACGGACCGCGCAACUGUUUGGGCAAGCGCUUGAGCAAGAUGCUCAUUAAAGUGGCGCUUGUAACGCUGUUGCGCUGUCACAAAAUAGCGCCCAGCGAGGAGAAGGAGAAUCCGAUUGAAGUUCGAGUUGAUGAGAGUAUUAGCGGCACUCUAGUGAAGCUGCAAAGAAUCUAGACAGCUGUUUAAGAUACAUAUGUGUAUAUAUAUUUAUUAAUUUAAUUUAAGCAAUGUUUACUAAUAAAGCUUUAAAUAUUUGGAGAAUAGUAUGAGAUAGCGCUAUGCUUUCGGAGUACAUUAUUUUCUUGUUUUUGUAAUA